UUGGUUAAUGUCUCUAUCUCUCUCUAUCUCUCUCACACUGCCUAUCUUUCUCAAGCAAUCGCUUACACCCACCACUCUCUCCAGUUUCCAAUGGUAAGGAAGAGAUAAAAUGAUAGAGAAGAGUGAAGAUAAAAAAGAGAAGAAAAAAAGAAAUAUGGGUAUGACUGCCUGUAUGCGUACACAAAUUACAUUCCACACCCAAUUUAUGCGUUUUAGUAAAGAAUCGUGAAAGCAUAUCUAUAUUCAUCGUGUAAGCGUACAUUUUUCUUGGAAGAAGUAAUUUCACGUCAUUAAUGAAAAGACCAUUAGGAUCAACUUUCUAAAAUACGUGUUACGGUAAGCCACAAGAAGCUAUAUUUUUUUAUAUAACCGAUAUAUAUCCAGAAAUUUGGCUGCCUUUUUGCAAGUGGACAGUUCCAAGAAAUUUGAGAAAAAGAAAGGGUCAAGGCAACUUGCAAAAUAACCAAUUACUCUAUCUUCGACAUUUAUCAUUGGAGCGUGUUUAUUUUGGUGCACAUUUAUUACUGUUAUAAAACAGUACUUUUGGAACUUAAUCAUUCUACUCGCGUCAGUAUGCCGGGGAUAAUAAAAAACAUAAGUUUCAACAUGUCAUUAGACCAUAUGUUCUGCUCAAGAUGUCGUGAAGGCUUUGAACCCAAUGAAAAAAUUGUUAACUCCAAUGGGGAACUAUGGCAUCCUCAAUGUUUCGUAUGUGCUCAAUGCUUUAGACCAUUUCCAGAAGGAACCUUUUAUGAAUUUGAGGGGCGCAAGUACUGCGAACAUGAUUUUCAUGUUCUGUUUGCUCCUUGUUGUGGAAAAUGUGGAGAGUUUGUCAUUGGACGAGUCAUUAAAGCCAUGAAUGCCAAUUGGCAUCCUGGAUGUUUCCGUUGUGAAGAAUGCAAUGGUGAAUUAGCAGAUGCAGGAUUUAUCAAGUGCCAAGGUAGAGCAUUGUGUCAUGAUUGUAAUGCUAGAGUAAAAGCUGGAGCACUUGGCAAACACAUUUGCUAUCAAUGCCAUGGUGUAAUUGAUGACAAGCCAUUGAGAUUUCGCGGUGAAGUUUACCAUCCUUAUCACUUUAAUUGUACAGCUUGUGGAGUGGAGCUCAAUUCCGAUGCAAGGGAAGUUCGUUCAAGAGCUGGAUAUGCAGCUAAUGAAAUGAAUGAACUGUAUUGCCUUCGAUGCCACGAUAAAAUGGGUAUUCCAAUAUGUGGAGCUUGUCGUCGACCUAUUGAAGAAAGAGUCGUUACUGCUUUAGGAAAACACUGGCAUGUUGAACAUUUUGUUUGUGCUAAAUGCGAGAAGCCAUUUUUGGGACAUCGCCAUUAUGAAAAGAAAGGCCUUGCAUAUUGCGAAACUCAUUAUCAUCAAUUAUUUGGUAACCUCUGUUUCGUGUGCAAUCAAGUUAUUGCUGGUGAUGUGUUCACAGCGUUAAAUAAAGCCUGGUGUGUUCAUCACUUUGCAUGCGCUUUCUGUGACCAAAAGAUGAAUCAAAAAACGAAAUUUUUUGAGUUUGAUCUUCGACCAGCUUGCAAGAAAUGUUAUGACAAAUUUCCAGCGGAAUUGAAAAAACGAUUGCGACGUAUGCAUGAUUUGACGCCAAAAAGGAUACCAGGAUAAA